UAUGACAUUUUUUAUUAUAUUUGCAUAUCUCACAGCAUUUCAUUUUAUUUUUUUAAAACAAGAAAUAUGGCGGAUAUAUUAAAAGAAGAACAUGAAAAAUCACAUAAACCCGUAUUUAAAGUACAUAUAAGCAGCGCAGAAUCAUCAGCUGACGAAAAUUAUGAUGUUCCCAUAAGUUAUCAUACUGUAGCAUCUAUUAAAGAAAAGUGGGAAAAAUCAUCACAGAAUUCGCAAGAAGAAGAUAUUGUCUCCAUACAACAUGAAAGUUAUGAACCAUCUCGAAAAGCAAGGUUUUCUGAAACGUUAGAACAGCAUCUCUUAAAAGAUAUAUCACAAUAUCUUCUCGGAAAUACUGAGCCCGAAGAUGAAGAACAUGAGGGAAGCGAGGAGACAAGCCAAAAAAAAGGUUCAGAUACGAAACGCUUACCAUUACUUCUAUCACAGGCAGAUAAAGAAGUAGGAAUGACACAAGUUCCUGUAACCCCACAAACUGAUGAUACAGCCAGAAGAUCAGAAAUAAAGUUUAACCUGAGUGAAAAAAGUGAUGAGACUGGUUCUGCAUAUUCAAAAGACGGGACUCCAUUGCAGGAAGGAAUUGACGAAGAACAUUUUUUUGUGAGAAUUCCAGAUAUGAGAGAGAUAGCAAAACCAAAAGCACAUACAGUUGAAAAGCACCAACACGCAAAAAAGUUUAAAGAAGUAAAGACAAAAAUGGGAACCCAACCGGUUCCAAGCAAUUGUGAAAGAUUUUUAAGUAUUAAAAAUUAUACCAAGUUACUUGUUGACAGACUCACUACACAAGCAUUAUCACAAUCACAAAUACUUCAACGUGAACUUUCCAGACAAGUUUCUGAAGGUAUAGAAUAUUUCUUGGAGACUGAAAACAGUGCAUUCGUUGAAAGUUUUGAUACUCCAAUGCGUGUUUUGAAGUGGCCCAUCAUUGAUCAGUUUACUGUUGAAAGUGGUAUAACAAAAAUCAAGGAAUAUUUGUCGACGUGGCAUUUUAAUGAAAACUGGAAACAUUGUGUCAACUACUUAUACCAAGAAGCUGAUGCAGCUUGUUCUUUUUUUCGCUAUGAAGUCAUCUUCGGUAUUCCUUGCAAAGAAUAUCCAAUUCCGCAAGCUACAGCCAGUGUAUAUUUCACAUUUGAAGUGUCUAGAAUUAAACCUCGAAACUGUAACGUAGAUGUGUAUUACAGUUUUGAAGGGCAGAGACUAAAAUGCACCCCGGGAAAAUUUACAUGUCAAGAAAAAUGGUUGUUCUAUAUAAUCGAUGCAAAACUUACUUUUUUUAAAAACUUAACAUUUUGACAUUAUGUAAAUUAAUAAUCAGUGGUAGGACAAUAAAAUUGUAGUUGAAAA